UAUAAAACAAGUUCUCAUAUAGAUCUGCAGGUGACAAAUUGGAAGAGUUAUGUUUUAAAAAGAAAUGAUGACAAAUAAAAAUAACCAGAUCAUCAAGGGGUUAAAUUAAUGGCAGAUUUUUCCACAUGACACUGCUGAGACCAGAGCUGUGAGAGUGCUGCAGUACCGAUCCUCCGUACUAGGGGGCAGCACUGUGUCUCCGGAGUCUGCCAUAUACUGGAAAGUUAGCUGAGAAUACCGAGCUGCAGAUGUUUCCUCGGUUGUGUCCCGCAGCGGUGAGGGCCCGGGGGUGGGCAGUGACCGUGCUGAGGAGGGGGCUGGCGGGCACAGGGCAGCAGGAACAUGUGCCCCUCACCCAGUGCGUGCAGCAGGCUGGCAUAAGAAAAAUUACCAUGAAUAAUCCUCAGAAGAGAAAUGCAUUGUCACUUGCUAUGCUUCAAGCUCUGCAAAAGGACAUCCUACAUGAAAUUGAUGACAAGGAUUUGAGGGUCAUUGUGAUUGCAGCAAAUGGACCAGUCUUUUCAUCUGGACACAAUUUGAAAGAAUUCACAGCUGCUCAUGGCAAGGCCCAUCAUAUUGAUGUAUUUGAUGCCUGUGUCAAGCUUAUGACAACAAUCCAAACCGUUCCGGUUCCUGUUAUAGCCCAGGUGAAUGGACUUGCCACAGCAGCUGGAUGCCAGCUUGUUGCCAGCUGUGAUAUUGCUGUUGUGUCUGAGAAGUCUAAAUUUGCAACUCCGGGUGUCAAUGUAGGACUGUUUUGUUCUACACCUGCUGUUGCUUUAGGAAGAGCAGUACCAAGAAAGGUUGCCUUAGAAAUGUUGUUUACAGGUGAACCUAUAUCAGCACAUGAUGCUUUGUUGCAUGGACUAGUCAGUAAGGUGGUACCCGAGGAGAACUUGGAAGAAGAAACCAUAAAACUUGCACGUAAAAUUUGCCAGACUAGCCGCGCAGUAGUUGCUCUUGGAAAAGCUACAUUUUACAAACAAAUUUCACAAAGCCUGGAGGAGGCGUACAGAUUUACAUCUGAAGUUAUGGUACAAAACCUGAUGUUAAAAGAUGGACAAGAAGGAAUAGAGGCCUUCACACAGAAAAGGAAACCAUUGUGGACUAACUCACAAGAGUAAUCACCUGUGAAGUUAUUACUACUGGAAAUAAAAUCAAUUGUAACUGCCUAAUUUAAUUGAAACAUAAAUAAUUGAUUUUAUAGGGUGGGCUUUAUUAUACAUUACUUUUUGUAUUUAGUGCAUUUAUGUAAUGCUUUGUUCACACAGUAUGCGUCAGGUUUUCACUUUUUAUGCUGCAGAUGUUACCUUCAGUGGGUCUAAUUUGCUUCUAGGUUACCCAUCCCGAAUCUAAAAUGACUGACAGCUUGUUCACCUGCACUAAACUCAAUACCCUUGGUUAUAGUGUGGUUGAACAGCAUUAAAAUUAGGGGUCACUUACAUAAUUCUGUCCAGCAGAUAAAAAGUUAGACCUCCCGGUAGCAGCUUUGCUAUAGCGCUUCUGAGCGCAUUAAAGCCGGGAGCUGACUUUCCAUGCUCCCCUGCCUCCUCUUUACGCAGAGCCAUGCCCAUUAAUUUGAUAAAUAUAUUCUUAUUUCUUCACUCUCUCAUCACUAGGACUGAAUAUCAAAUCUGCCUCAUCAUCUUAGGUUAAAAAUCUAUAAAGAUGUUAUCCAAUAAUAGAAAAACAGAGCUAAUUUCUUUAAAAAAAAAAAAAAAACGCUCCCCAUCUGUCUCCAGGUUGGGUGUGGUUCUGCAGCUCAGUUCCAUUGAAGUGAAUGGAGCCAAGUUGUAAUACCACACACAACCUGGAGACGUGGAGCUGUUUUUAAAAGAAAUUAGCUGGGUUUUUUUUUCCUGAAAAAACCCUUUUUAGUUGUCACAAAACAGCAGAUCUAACUUCACAAAGAAGCAUUUCUAUAUGUUUAGAUGUUUCAUAAACUUUUUCAAGCAAAUUACAUCUAUUUCCAUUGUGCUGGUAAGGCAAUAUUAACAUGUGAUGUGAGAGAAGUUUAGUUUGCAGAAUCCAUUGAAGAAUUACAUCUUCAUGAAAUACCGCAGGGAAAAUUGCUGUGUCUUCAGCAAAGCAUUCCUGCUACCACAUAUUACUUCUCAUGCUCUCAUAGAAAACAUAAGUAGCAAAAACAGAUUGAGAUCUGUCCACAGAGUAUUUACAAGUUUAAUGGAAGUUGCUGAAAAGAUGAUGUGGAUCGCAAAGUAAAUUAUACUGAACCAUGCUUCUCACCUAUCAUCCACAUGAGUGCACCUUUCAUGGCCAUAGCAAUUUGCUUCAUUAUCAUAGGAACAGUUACAGAUAGAAGUUGAAAACAAAAUUUAGAGACCACAUAUUUAACCCCUGAACGGUUGUAAAAUUGGUGAACAAAUCUGCCAAAAUUGUCUUAUCAUAAAUAUUUACAUCAUCAAUAUAGCUGGCACAAAAUUAUUUUAAGUGCAUAUUGAUGAUGUAUGGGAUUUGGGUAUUUAAGGAAACUAAUAACCAAGAUUUAAUUUUUCUAAAUAAAACCAUAUACAAAACAUUUUUCUUUUUUAAUCU